AUGCCAGAACCACUCCCGUUACCCCCUGAGCCACCAGGAAAGAAAAAAAAGGCAAAACCGAAGAAAGAAGGAAAAAAGAAAAAAGGUGAAUUGCAAGCACCACCCCCUGAACCAGUUAUACAAUCAGGACAGUCCGUAUUAUUCACCAGUAGCGCUGAGCUCCUCACACAGAACAUGAAAAAGUUCCCCAUGGAAAUAUCUCUGUGGAAUAAAGAAGAUAACAUGGUUUUUAUUGGUUCCACGUCAAUCCCGUGGGAUCCAAUUUUUUUCAAAUACUUAGAGGCACUUUACACAUGUCAGGAAACACCGCCUGUUACUUUGAACGAAGAGUAUAAUAUAUUCGAAGAAGGAACAGCAAAAUUAAUAGCGAAGGUUGGAAUUCAAGUUAAACUUUCGUACUUAGGGGAAAAAGUCACGGCAGCUUUUCGAACUCUCUCGGAGGAUCCGGUAAUAAAAAAGGUUUUAUACACUGGUAUGAACUCUAAAACCACAUCUUAUAUGUGCACUAUGAAAACGACCGACGAAGUUUUCGAGGAGAACUGCAACAAGAUCGAAAACAAUUACAUUAUAGACAAACCGAAACCGAUGAAAGUAGUUUACGCCGACUAUAAGAAUGCACCUGGUGCUAAGUACAACAUAUUCAACGAAGGAGAUUAUUGUUGCAUGAAUAACGCCGACAAACCACCAAGCAACGUUUACAAAUCACCUGAAACAUGCCCUGACAUAGAUUUUAUAAUAGAAUAUGUGCGCAAAAUAAUAACAUCAUGUAAUGACAACAUGAGAAUGUUAACGCCUCGACCGACCAUCAAGCCGAGAAUCAAAGCAACGGACAUCGACAGGCUAUGCUAUUGCAAAGAAACCAAGUGGCCAGAUAACGAAAUUUCGCAGAGAUUAAAGAAGGAGGUGCAAAGCGAGCCAUGUCCGUUAUGUACGACCGCUGAAGAAAAGCCUGGGCAACCAAUUACAAACGUUACAACAUUUGAUCUUGCUAACAUAAGAGGGCCUUGCGGCAGACACGAUUGCAAGAUAGCUCGCCAUAUCAGAGCCUACAUAGAAAAUCUUGUUGCGGAGGACAACGAGGAAAUAAGUAUAGAUGACAUAAUCGGCCCGUGCGGGAGCAAAGAGUGCACGUUAGCAGAAAAGAUACAGCAAUUCCUGCGCCGAGAGGGAGUAUUCAAUGGGACAAACACAUUAGAAGGUCUCUCUACUCAAUGCGCGUGCAUACAGCAAAUGCAAGAAUCCAUGAAGAAAAAUAAAUCUGAUGAUACCUCCAGUGGGACUACUUCUUCUUCUGAAUCCAGUGAUAGUGAGAAAAGUCACUGUGGAAAAAAAGGUUGCCCAUUCGGGGAAAACGUUCAACCGAAUCAAGUUUAUAACGUUUUUUAUUUCUUCGUGCAAUAUGACCUAGACAAUAAGUCUACAAAGUCCCCUAGUGAUAGUAUUAAAUCUUCUAACUAUCGAUACUGUGCGUCGAAUUGUCCCAGCGCGAGGACAUUGGAGAAGACAUACUGCUCGAAGAGCGCGUGUUCAUUUUCAACUAACACAAAAGACGGUGGGCUCAAUCGCGAAAUCCAAAAUGAAAAUUUGCCAGACCGGAUCAACGGCCCGAGCCCGGACGAUAGCGAUAUUGUCAUCAACUUCGAUGAUAUCUAUAAUCCGUGUUGUGUUAAAUCUUGUAACGUCGUCGAGACGGUGAAAGAUUUCAUAGUCCAAGGGAUAAAUAGAGAAAGCAAGGUGGACGACAGCGAGGAUCCGUGCUAUUGCGACUGCGAAUGCACUUUUAAAUUUUCGAAUAAAACCACCUAUUGCGCAGUCUGCGGCGGCUAUGAAUGCCUUGGGGACGAUUUGAAGGACAUGCCCGAUCAUGCGAAACCAUACCCUUGCCCCGUAUACAACAAACUGUAUGACAAAAAGUACAUAAAGGUGCAAAGUCCCUGGCCACAAGAAGAAGUGGUAGCGCCACAGAAACAACCGGAUAGCGCAAGCGCCAAAAGUUCGAAGAUGUCUGAGAGAAAAUCGACUCGUUCCGUCAAAUCAAUAUCCGAGAGGCGCUUGCACGAUCGAAGAUCCGAUCGGUCCGAGCACAAAGAUAUGAGCGCACGAAAAGUCCAAAGGCAAACGAAACAAAAGAAAGAAACAAAACCAAUAGUUUCUAAAGUUGAAAAAAUUGCCACAGCGGUAGCUACAAAAAUGCCACAACCAAAGUACCCGUAUCCCGCAGUUCCAAAAAACAUGGGUUGGCUUUGGACUGCUGAAGAUAUUCCAGGCCUGAAGUUUCGACCAAAAUGGAAGCCCGGUGCAGCGAAUAAAAUAUUAGUACGACGAUACAGAGCCAUUAGGGAAGGCGUUGACAUCAUAGCAAAAAAGAAACGAGCCCUACUGCAGCGAAAGAAAAAGUUGGAAAUGAAACCAACUUUGGUUGUGAAAAAGAAAAAUGGCGAUUAUACUGUGCAAAUGGAAGUUUUUAAGAAAUAUUCCAACGAGCGGAUGAUUUUUCAAUACCCAUAUGACGAAAAACCUCCGUUGAUUUAUACUAUCGGAAAAACCGAAGAAGAGAAAGUAAAGAUUCAGAAACAGAGGGAACGUAAAGAGCGUAGAGAAACAAGAAGAAAGUGUCGCCUGUUACAGUCUACAUUUCGUAAUAAAUGUCAAGAAAUUUGUCUGAAAGCGUAUAACCAAGCCAUUGGUUUACUGCCUUUGCCAGAUCCAAAUCAGCCUGAAUGCCCAUGUUAUACUGAUUCAGUGAAAAAUCUGAGCCCUCCUAUCGAUUCAUGUUCCUGUUCUGAGGAGGAAAUAAUAUCGAGCAGCGAUACAGAUAAUGAUGAUUGGAUAAUUGAAUUUACUCCUCCCUUGGCCCGAUGGGAUCCAAAAGCGAAACAUUCGCCAGUUUUGGCUGACAAUGAAUGCCAGUAUAAUUACUUGGAUUUCAAAGUUAAGCUGCUUGAUAAAUCUGGUAACCCUGUGCCUAGAUUCUUUAAAGGUCCUGAUGGGAAACAAGAAUGCAGUGAUCUUGUCUGCGGCGGCUAUGAAUGCCUUGGGGACGAUUUGAAGGACAUGCCCGAUCAUGCGAAACCAUACCCUUGCCCCGUAUACAACAAACUGUAUGACAAAAAGUACAUAAAGGUGCAAAGUCCCUGGCCACAAGAAGAAGUGGUAGCGCCACAGAAACAACCGGAUAGCGCAAGCGCCAAAAGUUCGAAGAUGUCUGAGAGAAAAUCGACUCGUUCCGUCAAAUCAAUAUCCGAGAGGCGCUUGCACGAUCGAAGAUCCGAUCGGUCCGAGCACAAAGAUAUGAGCGCACGAAAAGUCCAAAGGCAAACGAAACAAAAGAAAGAAACAAAACCAAUAGUUUCUAAAGUUGAAAAAAUUGCCACAGCGGUAGCUACAAAAAUGCCACAACCAAAGUACCCGUAUCCCGCAGUUCCAAAAAACAUGGGUUGGCUUUGGACUGCUGAAGAUAUUCCAGGCCUGAAGGGCAACGUG